ACUUCCGCUGUGGCGAUUUCUGGGCAUUUCGUUUUUUGUUUCGAUUAUAUUUGAGACGAUGGCGGCAUCUCUGCCCCACUACGGCGAGGAUUCCCGCUCGUUUCACGACGGUUUCAGCGACGAUUCCAGCACGAUUGACGGCGACGAGGACAGGGAAUUCGACAACGAAUCCGACGAAGAUACAGAAGAUGCCAGCGAGACAGAUCAAGUCAAGAGAGAGGAGCAACACACUGAGAUGAAAGAACAGGUUUACAAGGAAAAACUGGCACACUUGAAGAAACAACUAGAGGAGCUCAACCAGCAUGCUUCGCAUCCGGAGUACCUGAAGAGGUUAAAGAGACUGGAGAACCAGCACAAGGAGAGGUCUUGGAUGGCAGAAAUCAUCCAACAGUUUGAAAUUGAGACAGUGGAAAAACAGUACAUCAAGGAGAAGAAAGAUGCUGUCAGAGAAUUUGAUGAAGAGAAAAUAAAGCUGAAAGAAAGUCUGAUCCAGGAACUUGAGGAGAGAAAAAGAAUGAUCGAGAGCGAGAGAAAUACCAUGGAACUGACUGGAGAUUCUACAGAGGUCAAACCGGUCUUGACCAGAAAGCUGAGGAGAAGACCCAACGAACCCCUGCCCAUCCCUGACAAGAGAAGGAAACCUUCUCCUGUAGGUGCUCCACAGUUGAACUUGUUGUUGUCUGACGAUGACGUGCUGGAAGAUCUCAGGAUUGUCAACAAAGGGAAACUCUCAUCAAAGAAAUCAAUACACAUCAGUCCUCCAGUCAGUCCCCCCUCCCCACCGAUCAACAGCUAUGAUGCAAGGAUCGAGGAGGGCAGACUAUUUUAUGAUAAGAAAUGGUACCACAGAGGCCAGACAGUGUAUGUAGAGUCUAAAGACAACGGGAAAAUCAGUGGAACAAUCAGCUCAGUUGGACAGAAUGAGGUUUGGGUGAGAAGAUUAUCAGACAACUCCAAGUUCCGAGUCUACGUCAGCCAGCUACAGAAGGGAAAAUACUCCAUCCGCAAGAGAGCAACAUAGCCUGGCAUUUUUUUUCCAUCGACAUAAUUAUUUUUGGUACCACAACUUGCAACAAUCCACCCUCAAACUGUUCAAAAAGUCCUGGUUUCCCCACUGAAAAUUGGAACAAUCCAAAACAAAUGUAUAGGUCAAAAUGGAUGCGGUGGGGUCAAACGGUCAAGUGGUAAGGUUAGUGAACAGGAGACCGAGAGGUCAUGGGUUCGAUUCCCAGACAUUGUGUCCUUGGGAAAGGCACUGGACACGACUUUCCUCACCUUAUUUCGGUUUGGAGGUAAA